AUGAAACUGCUACAGUAUGUGGGGGCUGAGAAGAAAAUCCUCUAUCUCGACGAAACCAACUUUAACAUCUGGAUCAGCCGCAACUACGGGUGGAGCAAAGCGGUGCAGCGCGCAGUGGACAUGGGGCCGUUGAGCAAUGUCGUUGUUGUGCUUGACAACGCUCCGUGCCACACGAACGUGGAGGACGUAUUUGAGGAAGCGGAGAUUGCGGGGGCUGAGUGCUUGCGUUUUGGCCCUUAUCCACCCAUGCUCAACGGCAUUGAGAACGUCUUAUCCAUGUGCAAGGCGGCGGUGAAAAGGUACAUGGCUGCCAACAGGAGCAGUAUCUUGAGUGUUCCCGAGGGUACACCGAUCACAGCGCACCGUUCAGCGUUUCUCCUCCACGCCGCCAACGUGAUCUUCUUUGAUGUUGUGACUCCUCCUUUGUGCAGCAAGUGCAUCCGUCACACCUUCGCGUUUAUCGCCUACGCAAUUCUGAUGAAAGACAUGCAAGUAGGCAAAUAA